ACAUCGUCUAUUUAUUACUCUAUUAGUUGGCAUUACUAUAUCAUUAAAUUCAUUCACAUAAUUAUAGUAAACUUUGAAAAUGUCUUUGUUUCUCAAAUUUGUGUUUGGAAUUAUUUUGCUGACCGUUUUUGUGAAGGGGCACGAAAAAGUCGUAGUCUGCUACUACGGCACGUGGGCCACCUACCGCUCCGGAGACGGCAAGUUCUCCGUGUCUGACAUCAAUGCGUCGCUAUGCACCCAUCUCGCUUACACCUUCGUCGGGAUCAAGAGUGAUGGGACGGUGGUCUCGCUCGAUCCGUAUCUCGAUCUGGCUGAUAACUAUGGAUUAGAUAAUUUUAACAAAUUCAACGCAUUGAAGCAACAGAACACCAAGUUGAAAACUAUUCUCGCCGUCGGCGGUUGGAAUGAGGGAUCUGCAAAAUAUUCUACGAUGGCAGCCUCUGCCACCCUACGCAAGACCUUCAUCACCACUGCCAGAGAUAUGCUUCUGAACUACGGAUUCGACGGCUUAGACAUAGACUGGGAGUACCCAAACCAACGUGAUACAACUCAGGGGUCUGCUGAUGUGGAAAACUUUUCUUUGUUACUAAAAGAGUUGAGGGAAGAAUUCGAUAAACAUGGAUUGUUGAUUACUGUAGCAGUCGCGGCUGUGAAGCAGAGUGCAUCGCUGUCCUACGAUAUUCCUACAAUAUCAAAGUACGUGGACCUUAUAAACAUCAUGACAUAUGACAUGUACGGCGCAUGGGAUUCUGCCACCGGACACAACGCACCCCUUCACGAAGACAAGGAUAGAAUUAAUGCUGUCGAUGCCGCCUUGAAGUAUUGGCUAACACAAGGAUGCCCCCCAGAGAAGCUUGUCCUGGGCUUACCCCUCUACGGCAGAACCUUUACCUUAACCGAUGGUAAUGUCAUUGGGGUAGGUGCUCCAGCAAGCGGCGCUGGUUUAGCUGGACAAUAUACUGCUACAAAUGGCUUCAUAGGGUACAACGAGUUUUGCAACAAACUAAAAACGGAAACCUGGAACGUCCAAUACGAUUCCACAGCUGAAGUACCGUAUGCAGUCCAAGGCAGAAACUGGGUAUCCUACGAUGACCCUAAUUCCUUGGCCAAAAAGGUCGAAUAUGCCAUGAAUCUUGGCAUCGCCGGUGUCAUGGUCUGGAGUAUCGAAACUGAUGACUUUCACGGAAAAUGUGGAGAGGAUUUUGCUUUACUAAGGGCUAUUAAUAAUGCCUUAGCGGGAAGUGCUUCCACUCCAACUACUACAUCAAUUACUCCUAGUACCACAAUCUCUACAACCUCGUCUACUACUACUAAGUCUAGUACUACAGCCUUUACUAACCCUUCUACUACUACUAGUUCUACUCCUAGUACUACAGUUUUUACAUCUAAAGCGCCUACAAGCACUACGUCUAGUCCUACAACGACAUCUACUCAACAAAUUACGACAACCACAGUAUCAGCAACGCCUGCAUUGUGCACUCAAGAAGGUCCAAUAGCCAAUCCCGACGACUGCUCCACCUUCUUCAUCUGUGUUAUGGGAGGCUACGGCCUGGAAACUAGACUGAUGGAGUGUCCUGAUAACCUAGUGUGGGAUGACACUAAUAAAUACUGCAAUCAUAAGUAGGUACCUUGUUAAAUGUUAAGCUUGAAAAAAAGGUGCAUUGGGAUAACUUUGGAUUCAGGUUCAUUGACAGAAGCAAAAUAAUUUUGAAAAUCCAAUCCAAUCAAAUUACCCAGACGAUAAUUGCUGCACCAGAAAGUGCUUCUAGUUUAGUUAAUAUCUGCAAUUUCCCAAAUUAAUCCCAAUGACAUAUAUCUAAGGACAGGCCUUACGGGCACUAAGAAUGGUGCUAGUUUAGUGGUGCCACUCAC